AUGUAUAUGUAGCAAAAGCCCUAUUGGAUAUCUUCUGACAUUUCUAUUGGAUUCUUUUUGAUAACCAAUUUGAAUCUAUCCAAGUUUGUUUUAUUUGUUCCUGGAAUCCGAAGAUAGUUUUAGAAUUUCUGCGUUAAAAUUGGAUUGUUUCGAGGUUUGAGUUAAUUUCGCUGGAGGAGUGAGAUGGCGUUCGUUAGCAGCAACCUUGACCAAUGUAGCUUUUGCUCAGGUAUAUGCAAUGAGGAAUUCCAUCACGUACUGGUCCCUUCUCGCCCAAAGCGGAAACUUAAGACUGUCCUGCAGAAGCUGAACAGUUCUACUUCCCAGUUGAGCAGUUAUCCUACAUGCGACAAAUGCUACCAAGAAUUCAUAACCGUCCACAACAUUCCCGAGAGCUGUUUCCAACUUUUGCCCAUCGUCAAACCGACUGAUUACAUCAAGAUGGAACCAGAAUUGAUGAUUGAUGACCACGAUCUUCCGGAUAAAUGGGAAAACACUUUCAAGAGAGACUCAAUAGUGGACUUUGAGCCGAUUGAACAGGACGCCGAAUUGCAAAUCAAAAGAGAAAACGGAGAGGUAUUCUUCAUCAGCGAAAUGGACAAAGACAAUAUGCAAUUAGUUCCAGAUGCUGGAACAAAUACACUAAGAACAAAAAGAGUACUUCGCAGUGCUUCACAGAAGAAAGUUCACACAGCUUCAGUACAUCAUAAAUGUAACGAAGGCUUCGCGGAUGAAGUAGAGAAACUGUUUGAAUGUGACAAGUGUGAAAAAACAUUUAGCUCAAAACACAAACUAAAUGCUCACUUUCGGAGUCAUAAGGGUCCCCAUUCUUGUCCACAUUGUUCGAAGGCGUUUGAGGAACUUGGAGUUCUCCGAAAGCACCUUCAAUCUCAUUCGGAUGAACGCCCCUAUUCUUGUCCACGAUGUCCGAAAGCGUUUAAGCGAGAUGCAACGCUCAAAGAACACAUUCGAACUCAUAUGGGAAAGAAACCGUUUAAAUGCGAAGAGUGUGAAAAAACAUUUGGCCUACUAUGCAAGCUUAAACUACACUUUUUUACUCAUACCGGUGAACGUCCCUUUUCUUGUCCACAUUGUCCGAAAACUUUUUCGCAUCCCACGACGCUUCAGAGGCACAUUCGAGUUCAUACGGGAGAACGUCCCUAUCGUUGUCCUCAUUGUCCUAAGGCUUUGAAAGACUCUACAGCGCUCCAACAGCACAUUCGAACUCAUACGGGCGAACGUCCCUUUUCUUGUCCACAUUGUCCGAUGACGUAUAAACAUAGUAUUUCGCUCAAACAGCACAUCAAAAGACAUACGGAUAGAUAGAGAAUGUUUAACUAAAAUAAACAUACAGCGAAAUAAAACACAACCGAUGGAGAGAACGAAUACCUAUAUAAGAUUU